CAACAAUUUUUCAUCUCUAGGAAAAUCCCACCUUCUAAAAUGGUUUACGCUUUAAGUGAAAAACACAGACAAUUGACCGAAAGCUCGUUGGCUUCCUAUGAUCCAGAAGUUGAUGCUAUCAUCAAGGAUGAAAUUGAAAGACAAAAACACUCCAUCGUUUUGAUCGCCUCUGAAAACUUCACCACUAAAUCUGUUUUUGAUGCAUUGGGAACUCCGAUGUGUAACAAAUACAGUGAAGGUUAUCCAGGUGCUAGAUACUAUGGUGGUAACGAACAUAUCGACAGGAUGGAAAUCUUGUGUCAAGAAAGAGCUUUAAAAGCUUUCAACUUGACAAGUGAUAAGUGGGGUGUUAAUGUACAGACUUUAUCUGGAUCACCUGCUAACUUACAAGUUUACCAAGCGUUGAUGAAGCCUCACGAGAGAUUGAUGGGCUUGGACUUGCCUCAUGGUGGCCACUUGUCUCAUGGUUACCAAACAGACGCCAGAAAGAUUUCUGCCGUCUCUACCUACUUCGAAACCAUGCCUUACAGGGUCGAUUUGGAAACUGGCAUUAUUGACUACGACAUGUUGGAAAAAACAGCUUUAUUAUACAGACCAAAAAUUUUGGUGGCUGGUACUUCAGCUUAUUGUCGAUUGAUUGACUACAAAAAGAUGAGAGAAAUUGCUGACAAGGUUGGUGCUUACUUGGUUGUGGACAUGGCUCACAUUUCAGGUUUAAUCGCUGCUGGAGUCAUCCCCUCUCCCUUCGAGUACGCUGACGUUGUUACUACCACUACUCAUAAAUCUUUGAGAGGCCCAAGAGGUGCUAUGAUCUUCUUCAGAAGAGGAGUUAGAUCUGUCAACCCCAAGACUGGUGAGGAAAUCUUAUAUGACUUAGAAAACCCAAUCAAUUUCUCUGUUUUUCCUGGUCACCAAGGUGGUCCACACAACCACACUAUUUCUGCUUUAGCCACUGCUUUGAAACAGGCUGCUGCCCCAGAGUUUAAGGAAUACCAAUUACAGGUGUUGAAGAAUGCUAAAAUAUUAGAGCAAGAAUUUUUGUCUCGCGGCUACAACUUAGUUAGUAAUGGUACUGACUCUCAUAUGGUUUUGGUGUCUUUGAAAGAUAAGAAGAUGGAUGGUGCUAGGGUUGAAACUAUCUGCGAAAAUAUCAACAUUGCUUUGAAUAAGAACUCCAUCCCAGGUGAUAAGUCUGCUUUAGUUCCAGGUGGUAUCAGAAUUGGAGCUCCAGCAAUGACGACCAGAGGAUUGGGUGAAGAAGACUUCAAGAAGAUUGUUAGUUACAUUGACCAAGCCGUUAUUAUCGCCAAAGAGAUUCAAGACAGUUUGCCAAAGAGCGCUAACAGGUUGAGAGACUUCAAAGCUGCUGUUGUUCAAGGUAGUGAACAGAUCUCGAGCUUGAAACAAGAAAUUAGUGCUUGGGCCGGUGAAUUUCCAUUAGCCACUUAAGCGGUUUCUUCAAAAAUAAUUCAUUAAUUAACUUAAUGAAUAUUAUGACUAAUGAUUUCGCAGGUUACGAUUACUCAACUAUUCGUAGUUCAAAUCGUUAUUAAUAAGUAGUUUUUCCGUAUAUACAUAUGUUUAUAUUUGUCUUCGUAACGAGAAAUACAGGUGUUAUUACUUACAAAAGACCAACCUUCUUGAACUCAUUUUCAGUGAUACCUUCAGCUUCCCACCUUUUCAAGUCUUGUUCGUCGAACCUUUGCCCCUUCAAAUAUAUAGUAGGAACCCACUUACGUCCAGCAAGUUCUGUUAUAGCGCUUUCCAAUUUCGAAGCUUCUGCUUGGUCCUCAAACUUAUCCAAUUCGAUAAUAUGGACUUUGGAUUUCACAUGAUAUUUGUCCCAAAUUCUGUAAGUAUACUGACAGUCUCCACACCAAGUCUUGGAAACCAUAAGGAAAUCGUUUUUGGAGAUGAGCUCUUUAGCUCUUUUCAAGUAGUCUGGCAUUUGAGGAUAAAUUAUAGGAGUCAAACAAGAUUUGCGCGAAGAAAUAUCGUCAUUGCAGAAUUCCCGGCCUGAACACUACCCUCAACUAUCUGAAUAUCACUAAGGUAAACAUUGCUGACCAUACAAGCAGGAUUUUCUACGCCAUGCAGAGAUGAGUCUCUAUUAAUUGUCUCAAGCUUUCUUCUUGUAUCAGUUUUGUUUUUUCCACUCUCACGGUCCAAUCCUCCGUCACGUUCACUUUUGUGCAUCAUCCGAUCGCGCUAAAAAUCCGGAGUAUAUGGUGCAUCAUUUGGUCAAAUUCACUGACCUGUAUGUCAAUAAUAAUGCUGUGGACAUUAAACUACGUACCACGCCAUAUUUCUUGUGGUCUCCUGUUUCAAUUCUUUGAUAAAAUACUCACCCUUUUCUAAUUAUUAAUAGAUCAGUAUCCCCCUAAUAUUGCUACCCUCAUAUAAAUUUUAAAAGGAACAUAAUAGUCCGAGACUUUUUUUUCACCAGAACAAAAAACAAAAACAUUUUUUUUGAAUAUAUCUACAUAUUGGACGAUUCUUUUCAGAAAUGAAUUCUCAAUUAAAGGAAGUAGUAGAUAAGGUUGCUGCUGAGUAUUCUAUCAGCAAUGAGUUCUUGAUCAAGGCCACCGACAAAUUUGAAGAAUCUAUGGACCAAGGUUUGAAAUCUUCUCCUGCCAGAGAAUACAUGCCAAUGAUUCCCACCUUUGUCACUGAUAUCCCUACUGGAAAAGAAAGAGGCUUGUUCUUAGCAGGUGACUUAGGUGGUACCAACUUCAGGGUUUGCUCUAUUUAUUUGAAUGGGGACCACUCAUUUGACUUGAAGCAGUCCAAGUUCAAGAUUCCUUUGGAUUUGAUGACAAAUUCUACUGCUGAAGACCUUUUCAGCUACCUAGCAACAAAGGUUGAUGCCUUCUUGGAUGAGCACCAUAAAGAAUUUAGAGCUGAAGGUAGUGAAAUUUUGAAAUUGGGAUUCACUUUUUCUUUCCCAGUGAACCAAACUGCAUUAAAUAAAGGUACUUUGAUAAGAUGGACUAAAGGAUUCGAUUUACCAGAUUGUGUGGAUAAAGAUGUAGUAGAGUUGUUACAAACCCAUCUCGAUAACUUAAAAGCCAAUGUUAAGGUUGCUGCCUUGGCGAAUGAUACUGUUGGUACUUUGUUAUCUAGAGCCUACUCCAAUAACUCUUCACAAUCCAAAACCAACACUAUCGUUGGAGCAAUUUUCGGAACUGGUACUAAUGGUGCUUACUUCGAAACCUUCGACAAGAUUCCCAAAUUGGACUCUUCGAAAUUCAAAGACAAGACUGGGAUGGUCAUCAAUACUGAAUGGGGCUCAUUUGACAAUACUCUAGAGAUAUUACCAAGCACCCGAUAUGAUAAAAUCAUCGAUGCUCAAACUUCAAACCCAGGAUACCAUCUCUUUGAAAAGAGAAUCAGUGGUAUGUUUUUGGGUGAGUUGCUUAGAGUCACCUUGAUAGACUUGUUCGAGCAAAACCACAUAUUUGUAGAAUUAUUCAAGAGUAGAGGCGGUACAUUGCCCCAUAGGUUGGCUGAACCUUGGUUGCUUGAUGCUGAAGUAUUAUCUUACUUACAAAUUGAUGAUUCAACUGACUUGAAGAUGUCAGAAUUGAUUUUGCAAAACCAUUUGAGAUUGCCAACUACAAAAGAAGAAAGAUUAGUCAUCCAGACUUUGACCAAGGCAAUUGCGCAUAGAGCCGCCUAUUUGUCUGCAGUUCCUUUGGCAGCUAUCGCCAGAAGGGUUGCCGAACAAUAUAAGGAUGAUGAGAACGACUUCGAAUUUGGAUUAGAUGGUUCUGUUAUUGAGUUUUACCCAGGUUUCAAGGAUAGCGUCUUAGAAGCCAUCAAUAUUAUCAAUCCAUUAAAGGGAUCCAACAAAAAGAUACAUUUAAGUAUCGCUAAAGAUGGAAGUGGUGUUGGUGCUGCUUUAUGUGCUAGUACAGCUUUAUAGACUUUUUAGGUCAUUACUCUUUGGAUUAUGUAACACAGCAAUAAAUUACUGAUUUUGGUCUUA